AUGGGAUAUAAAUGGUGGAAAUUAUGUUAUCUCCGUCUCAAAUUAGAGCAAGAAAGAAAUAGGUAUCUCGAUGCUGACUAUGGAAACAAAAUUAUUAACAAGAUAAUUUACCUACUUUUGAUUUCUUUUGCAGGCCCUUUCAUUGUUGGAUUUUCUCAUAAACACUGCUGGCAUUCUGGUUCGCCCGCAAAAUUGAACACAAUUGGAGCUGGAAACAAUUGGGGCUGGCUAUACGUUCAACACAAUUAG